AUGUGUGCAGAGGAAGGUACUGUGGAGCAUGAUAUUAAAACCAAAAUUAUGGAUUACUUGAACAUUCCUGAGAAUGAGUUUGUACUUGUUUUUACUGUUAGUCGAGGAUCUGCAUUUAAAUUGUUGCUGAAUUUUAUCCUUCCCAUUCGAACAAGAGGAAAAACUGGUGGCUUCUCUGUUGAUUUAAUCCAUCGUGACACUCAAAUAUCCCCCUUUCAUGAUCCCUCCAAGUCACACUACGAACAACUGAAUAAUGCCUUUCACCGAUCGUUCUCUCGAGCUGCAUAUUUCAAGAAACGAACUUCUCAAUCUGAUUCCAACCAUGCACUGGAUUCAUCAGCACAAAUCCAAUCCUACAUCACAUCUAAGAAUGGGGAAUAUCUAAUGAAAGUAUCCAUUGGAACACCGCCAGUAGAUGUUCUAGCAAUUGCUGACACGGGCAGCGAUCUGACAUGGACACAAUGCAAGCCUUGUAGUCAAUGCUACAAGCAAGAUGCCCCAUUUUUCGAUCCUCACAGAACAUCAACCUACAGAGAAAUAUCAUGCGAGUCUGCAUCCUGUGCUGCUGUCGGAACUUCCAGUUGUGAUGAUGGAAACAAUUGCGAGUACAGGUUGUCUUAUGGAGACAAUUCUUACAGUAUUGGUAGUCUUGGUGCAGAAACGUUUACAUUCAAGUCGAGUUCUGGAAAAAAUAUUUCGAUCCAAGGAGUUGUUUUUGGUUGUGGGCACCAAAACGAUGGCACGUUCAAUGAAACUGCUUCUGGAAUCGUUGGACUUGGAGGGGGAGCAGUUUCUAUAGUCACGCAAUUGAGCAAAUCAAUUGGUGGAAGAUUUUCCUACUGCUUGACGCCUUUGGUUUCUGAAUCAAACGUUUCAAGCAAGAUCAAAUUUGGCAACAAUGCUGUAGUUUUGGGCUCUAACGUAGUUUCAACUCCAUUGAUCAAGAAAAAUCCGGACACUUUCUACUUUAUCAAUCUUGAAGGCAUUAGUGUUGCAGAUAAGCAGAUUGCAUACAAAAAUUCGUCCUCGUCCAAGUUGGAUAACACCACUGACGAGGGAAUAUAA